UAUUGUGCAUAAACAACCUCAAACUUAGUGAAAGGGUAGAACUUCCACUAAAUUCAGGAGAUUUACGUCAAAAUGGCAUCUCAACAUAAAAUUCAGGCUUAUAUGGAUAAACACAGACUAGAGGCAUUGUUUGAGGAUUUAAUGAAUAAAGUUCUACGUGAUAUGCCAGAAGAUCCAAAUAUUUACUUACUUCGAUGUUUAUAUAAAAAAAGUGGUUUAGAUAUCCCCCAGGAGGUUCGUUUUGGUGGAAUGAAGAGAAGCAGUACAGAUUUUGCGAGAUCUCGUACUCCAGAGAGAAGUCGUCGAUUUCAAACAUCAGCGAGUGCAGAUGAAGGAUUGAAUCGUGCGUAUGAUAAACCAUGGCAGACGUCUCCUUCACCGAACAGACGCACGAAACCCAAAACAGAGGAAUUCAAAGCAGAUAUGCUGGUUAAACUUGAUGUAAGACCUGAUCUAACCAGCUGUUUAAAAAUCACCCCGUGUGUCCUUCAUGUAGAUGGCAGAAGAUCACCAACUAAACACGUUGAAUGGAAUACUGAUAACAAAGUUAAAUCUACUUCCUUUGAUGAUAUAUGGGAAGAUCAAAGUCAACCACGGAAAGAGAUUCCUAUAGCAACAAAAAAACGUGACCAAUCACCUGCUAAACGUACAGCAUGGGCAUCAAAUGAGUUUGGAAAUGAGAAGACAAAUAUAUACAGCAGUAAUAACUAUACCGGCCCUCGUCGUCGUACACGACAGUUAACAACAGAAGAAGAUCUUUUAGCUGAAGAACUUCGACCUGUAGCCUCCAGCAAUGAGGAGGAAACAGAUUCCCGAGUAGCAUCAAGUCGUGUGAAAGGACCGAGAAUGGAUGCAGAGAAACAUCGUGAAGAAUUAGCCAAGAUGGUUCGUGGAUCUGAUAAAUCCAACGAUUCAGGUUAUGAGGAUAAAUCUGUUAGUGAUGAAGAUGAUGCUCUAGAAUUAUUGGAAGAUGCAGAGGAGUUAUUAAAAGAAGGAGCCAGACACGUUUCUCAAGAUGGUUAUAAACUUAGUAGGGUAUCGAGACAGAGAACUGUCGAACCGAAAGUUAAACUAAAUAUAAAUUAUUAUCCUUCACAGAGUUCUCUUUCCUUGGGUAAAUCACCUGGAUUUAAUAUUGAUGAUUCAGAUACUGAAGUCCGACAACAAACAGGUAUGAAGACAGUACUAGAUUCAGACGACGAAUUUGAAAGUGUUUCUCAAGUUACUGGUCCGCGAGAACCUGUUUGGAAUUUUAGAGAUACAACAGAUUCUGAUGUUGAGACGUAUGGUCAUCCAGUUCGUGGCAGACACAGUGAUCGUCGUAGUUACACAUCUACACACAAAGACAAGAAAACAAGUAUGGCCGCCACGUUGCCUUUACGUUCCAGUUCUCAAACAGUUUCAGACGUAUUACACCGAGGUGGUGGUGAAACCUGGUCACCUGGUAUGAACGAAGAGAGAACCGGAGGAUGGAAUGUUCCAGAUGACUCUGAUGCCAGUCUGACAGAAUUUACGCAAAGUUCGAGAAGUAGACCAUCUCGAGAUCCUCGAGCAUAUUAGAUGAUCUACAAGAGUAAAAGGAAAUAUCAGAUAUUGUCAUGUAUAUCAUAGUUUUGGUUCAUUUUUGAAAUAGAUGAAAUUCAUACGAUAUUGUGUUUUUUUACAAUAAUUGUUCCGUCCAUACUUGUGAAUUGUAGAUAUAUUUAUACGAACUUUAAUAUGCAGUUAAUAUUGUUAUGUGUUAAUUUCAUUAUCUUCCGGCAAUCUACUUGUUAACUACUUAAUAUAAUAUAUUAUAUAUGUGUAAAUUUGUUAUCGUCAGGAAGUGUGGUAAAUUAUAUAAUGUGUAUAUUAUUUUGUAUUGUCCGGUAGUGUAGUAUUAAUAAUAAUAAUAAUAUGUAUAUUUAUAAUGGGCUAUACUCCAUCCAUAAAAUGAGAAAUGAAA